AUGGCUUGCUGCUGCUGUUGUUUCCCGAGCACACCCGAAAACUCAAGAACUAUAGAUGAGCAUGUUCCUUUAUCUCUUGCGCCACCUUCCUCCGCGGUAUCCACAGAAGCAGGAAACAGUAACAUAAUCUCUAACAUAUACGCAGCACCGCUUCAGCCGCCUAUUCCUUUGAUAUUCGCGCCUAGAAACAUUCAAACUCCGUCGAAAUUGCCAACAACUCAGAGCAAUUCUAGUGAAGGAGCUCGCGGUGGGGUCACACAGAGUGUUCCAGAGAAGAAAACAUGGCCUGUUGAUGAUGUGUCUGAUAUUGAUCUAAAAAAAAAGGAUCGAGAAACCAUCGACGAGUGUCCAAUUUGCUUAGAAGAAUAUGAUAUCGAGAACCCGAAACUGCUCACAAAAUGUGGCCAUGAUUUUCAUCUUGCUUGCAUUCUUGAAUGGAUGGAAAGAAGUGAGGCUUGUCCAGUUUGUGACAAGGAAUUGGUUAUCACUGAAUCAUAA